AAUACUGCUGACCAAUGGGAAAUGUGCCUUCCCUCUAGAGGACUGCAGCACACAGUUGGUGGUUGAAGUGUUGCUGAACAGGAAGUUGCUGAGUAGAAUUGAGAGAACUUCAACAGACAUGAGGGUCUCUUAUCAGGCUCUAGUCUUGCUUUUCUUAGCAGGCUUAUGCUCACUCGAGAAAGUUCCAGUCCAUGCAUUUGUCAGCAGACCAAUCCCAGGAACUCUACAGAAUGUCAGCAAGAAUGACACUGGGGUGAAGGAGGCCGUCCUGACUGGAACCUACUCCUUUAAUAAUAAAUCCAAUGAUGCCUUUCUCUUCAAAGCAUCAGCUGUUGAUGAUGCGAAGAGACAGAUAGUCAAAGGCAUCCGCUACAUUCUGGAAGUGGAGAUCUCACGGACCAUGUGCAGGAAGAGGGGCAACACUGAUGACCUCAACAACUGUCCCUUCCAGACAGACAGUCUGUUACGGCAGACCUUCUUUUGCCACUUUGACAUAUGGUCUGUUCCAUGGAUGAAAAUGAUGUCAACUACCUAUUUUAAAUGUCUUUCUGAUUAUACAUUCUGAAAUACUUUUCAUCAAAUUGUUUUUCAAUGGCUCCACCUGAAAUGUCAUGCUAAUUUAAUACCAAACUGAAUGUGAAAAUAAAAUAAGCCACAGUGCAUAGUGCAGUGCCUGGUUAUGAUGUCCAGUGACCUUCAGUUCAUCAGAUGCUGAGCUUGUGUUGACUGACUCUGAGUGUAAAUUAUUCAGUGAGGUUCUCUGAUGUAUCAGGGGCCAUCGCUUCGAUCUCGGAGCUCUUUUCCUUUGA